AUGACAAAUGUGUAUGUAUGGGGUGAUGGGUCUCAGUUGGCCUCAUUUGAUGCGCCUUCAAUAGCAAUUGCACACUAUUUGGCUUUAUAUUAUCCCGAUAUUAAAUUAAUCCCCAAUUCAAAUGUCUCCGGCUCUUAUAAUGGAACGCUUCCUAUGCUUAUAACUGAAAAUGGGCAGCAGAUUCAUGGGUACAAAGGAAUUGUCGAAUAUCUUAAGGGUAAUUUUAUAGGAAAUGGUAAACUUGAAGAGCAAAAGGAUGCGGAGAUGAAUUUGAUCUACGGUGGGUUUAUGGAAUCAUUACUAGAAACAUUUGAAGUCAUUACUGCCUACAAUUUAUUUCUCAACAAAGAUAAUUAUAUAAAAUACACGAGGCCAUUGUUCAAAAAUCUCCUACCCUUUCCGUUACAGUAUGGAACACCUUUAAGGUUAAAGCGUGCUGCUUCAGAUUUGUGCGAAAAUUAUGGAAUAACUGCUGACGAUUUAUUCAAAGAUGAGAAUUCACACGAUCUUGAAAUGAUAAAGGCCAAAGAGAAGGAAUUGAAUUCAACCCCGGUUUUGAAUAACGUGCAGAAAUUGCAAGUUGAAAAAUCACUAAAUGAUCUCGCUAUGAAAAAGAGUGCUUUAACAAACAUGAAAUGCGUAGACUUGCUCGAUGAAAUAGUUUCCCAAUACAAGAAACUCAAAAUAAAGGAUACAUCAGCAUGCGGUAUAUUGUUUCUAAGUUAUUUACAGGUAAAUACUUUACCCGCACUAAAGUGUACUUUCGUUAAAGAAUUUCUUAGACAAAAAUCACCUUCGUUACUCGAUCUGGUUGGAUCCUUUUCAAAAACUAGCAACACAUUUCACAUAGAGCCUAGGUCAUUAAGUUUAGUAUCAUCCCUUCAAUCUGCCGUCAGAACUUUAUGA